CUGAGGGUUGCAGACUGGGACUAUUUUGGGGGGUGUGGCCGGGUCCUGGAGAUGCUGAGCGCAGAGAACGCCCCAGGGAACAUGCCCCUCACAAACAGGGACGAAACCCUCCGCUCCGCCCCGCCCCUGCCCCUCACAAAUAUGGCAUCUCGCAGAUUCUUAUUGGUUCCGGAGGACUCCCUGGGCGGCGCUGAUUGGCAGAGGGCAGGGGCGAGGCAAGACGGGGCGAGGCGGGGCGAGGCGUCUCCGGGCCUGGCCUAGCGAGUGGUAACGGGCGCUAGGACUAUGUCGCAGGCACGCUGCCACCUGCGCGCCGCUCUCUUCCUGGCAGCAGUUUCUCCGCGCGGUGCAACGACCGGGGUCACGGCGUGGCGAGGGUUGAGCGCGUGGCCCGCGCCGCAGGAGCCGGGCAUGGAGUAUCAGGAUGCUGUGCGCACACUGAACACCCUGCAGACCAAUGCUGGCUACCUGGAGCAGGUGAAGCGCCAGCGGGGUGACCCUCAGACACAGCUGGAAGCGAUGAAGCUGUAUUUGGCCCGGAGUGGGCUGCAGGUGGAAGACUUGGACCAGCUGAACAUCAUUCACGUCACUGGGACCAAGGGGAAGGGUUCCACUUGUGCCUUCACCGAACGUAUUCUCCGCAGCUAUGGCCUGAAGACAGGAUUCUUUAGCUCUCCCCACCUGGUGCAGGUGCGGGAGCGGAUCCGCAUCAACGGGCAGCCCGUAAGCCCCGAGCUCUUCACCAAGCACUUCUGGCGCCUCUACCACCGGCUGGAGGAGACCAAGGACAGCAGCAGCUGCGUCUCCAUGCCCGCAUACUUCCGCUUCCUCACGCUCAUGGCCUUCCACAUCUUCCUCCAAGAGAAGGUGGACCUGGCGGUGGUAGAAGUGGGCAUUGGUGGCGCUUACGACUGCACCAACAUCAUCAGGAAGCCUGUGGUGUGUGGCAUCUCCUCUCUCGGCAUCGACCACACCAGCCUUCUGGGGGACACAGUGGAAGAGAUCGCGUGGCAGAAAGGGGGCAUCUUCAAGUGUGGCGUCCCUGCUUUCACGGUGCUCCAGCCCGACGGUCCCCUGGCAGUGCUGCGGGACCGUGCCCAGCACAUCUCCUGUCCUCUCUACCUGUGCCCGCCACUGGAAGCCCUGGAGGAAGGGGGGCCGCCGCUGACCCUGGGCCUGGAGGGAGAGCACCAGCGGUCCAACGCCGCCUUGGCCUUGCAGCUGGCUCGCUGCUGGCUGCAGCAAAAGGGCCACCAGGGCCUCGGGGAGCUGAAGGUGUCUCGGCCCAGCGUCUUGCGGCAGAUGCCCCUGGCACCCGUGUUCCAGCCCACGUCCCACAUGCGGCAUGGGCUUCGGGACACAGAGUGGCUGGGCCGGACGCAGGUGCUGCGGCGCGGGCCCCUCACCUGGUACCUGGACGGCGCGCAUACCGCCAGCAGCGUUCAGGCCUGCGUGCGUUGGUUCCGCCAGGCGCUGCACCGCAGCCACAGGCCGAGCCACGGCCCUGAGGUGCGCGUCUUGCUCUUCAAUGCCACUGGGGACCGGGAUCCCGCGGCCCUGCUGAAGCUGCUGCAGCCCUGUCAGUUUGACUAUGCUGUCUUCUGCCCUAACCUGACAGACGUGUCGUCUGCUGGCAGCGCAGACCAGCAGAACUUCAUGGUGACCCUGGACCAGGUGCUGCUCCGCUGCCUUGCGCACCAGCGGCACUGGAGCCACCUGGCUGAGGAGCAGGCCAGCCCGGACCCCUGGAGCCCCGCCAGCCCGGAGCCUGGUGAGCCCACAUCCUUGCUGCUGGCUUCCCGCCCACCCCGCACCCACAGCACCAGCUCCCUCGUCUUCAGCUGCAUCUCCCAUGCCCUGCAGUGGAUCAGCCAAGGCCGGGACCCCGUCUUUCAGCCACCCAAUCCCCCUCAGGGCCUCCUUGCCCACCCGGUGGCAGGCAGCGGGGCCGGCGUGCUCCAGGAGGCCGCCGCCAUCCACGUACUGGUCACGGGCAGCUUGCACCUGGUGGGCGGCGUCCUGAAGCUGCUGGAGCCUGCCCUGUCCCAGUAGCCCAGGUGGUGGGGUUGGAAGUGGGGGUCUCCCACGCCUGCCCUGCAUCUCUCCAUGAACUCCUGUUAGGUGCCUUUUGUUGUCUGCUUUUCUGAUUUCGUCCAGACUGGCCCAGGUUCCGGGCAGCAAGAUCGAGGGCUAGAGGGGGAGGCUAAGAUGGGACAUCCUCUGUCUGAGCCUAGGGUGCCUUUGGCCUCUCCUUCCUCCCGACAGCCAGCCAGGGGGCUUCCUGGUUCUCCCGCUGUCGUAGUAGGCCAGACUAUGCAGCCCACCUCCCUUGCCACCCUGCCUGCCUCCUGGCUCAGGCCCAGCUUACUGUGUGAGCUGCCUGGCCAGGCCUAGGGUCCUGCUGGGUGCUGGUUGAUAGAUUACCUCUUAGUGGCCUUCUGUGGAUGAAAGGACUCCUGCCUGGGACCCACUAGAGACGAGGAUGGCUGGAGUCAAUUAAAGCCUUUAACUGUUUUUUUAAAAAAGAAAUGGCAAAAUGUUUAAGCGUCUUAAUCUCUAGCUUCCUAAAGCACACAAUAGAGGCCUGAGGGCUGCCGCUGAUGCAGGAACCGGAGCGGGUAGGAGCCCAGGCUGUCGGGCGGGUCUGAAGCGAGAACACUGGACUCCUGUCCGUUGGCCACAGGCCAGGUAUGGAUUUGCCGACCUCCCACGGAGACCUCGUGACAGGUGAGGGAACUGGCUGGUUUGAAGCAGCCACGGAACCUGCCCACAGUCAGAGAGCCAAUCAAUCAAUCAAUCAAUCAAGUGGCAGGUUCAGGGUUUGACCCCAGAGCGGUCACCUCCCCACCCAUUUUAGGCUUCCCAGCCCAGCCCAGCACUGAUUUCAUGGUCUAAUUUAUUGGUGGUGAGUAUAUAGGGGUGGGUCCAGGCCAGACGGGCCACUUCCCGUUGGAUGCCUGCCUCGGGGGUCUCCAUGUGACAGUUGCGGGGAGGAGUUAGGCUCCCCUGUUCCCAGGCUGGGCACCCCUAGGCUUCUGUUUCCCUUGUCAGCGUAGGUCCAGUCCAGGUGUGGAGGCCGCUGGGAGCAGGUCCGGGUGGCUCUGGGCUGGCCCUCUUCUGUUUCCGUGGAGGAGGCCUGGGUGGGCUGGUGAGUCUGCUCUGAGUUCUCUCCUCCCACCCAGCCCAGGUCACCAGGUGCUGGAUCCAGGAGAAAAUGACAGGGACUCGGUUUCUACAACAGCGUGGACUUAUAGGGCAGUGGUCUCUCGCUCCACGGUCCUGGGCAGCCACAGUCCAGGCCCACUGGGUUUGAAGGUUCUGUGGGAUGGGGCGGGGGGACCCCAAGGUGUUCCACGCUGGUGCCCCCGCUGGCAGCAGGCCUCGGAGAGGGAGGCAGGAGGGGUGGGCGCAGAGGGCAGGGUCCAUCCUUGGUCGAGUGGAGGGAUUGGGGUCCCGGGACAAGUUCAUGGCCAGUGGCUCCCAGCUCGCGGCUGCUCAGUCUCUCCUGCUGGGCGAGGGCUGGCUGGGGGGCCCCCAGGUCUCCGGGCCGGGUGCUACGCCAUGCUGCUGGUGGAGCAGGGGGUGCUCUGGGUGCUCCCGAUGCUGUGGUUGGUGCUACUGCUCUCCGAGGAGGCCGGGGCAGCCACCGCCACCACGGGCUCCCGCUUGCCGGGGGGACCUGGGGGCAGGGGCGGAGGUCAGGGCCCCGGCCAGGGCUCCCCACUCCCCCAGAGGCUCCCCCGGGCUCCCCCAGGUGAUGGUGGCAGAGGGGUCCUGAGCACUCAUGGAGGGGGCCUGGGAUACUCACGCGUGUGCGAGUAGAUGUACCAGAGUGCGGCGGUGAGCAGGGCCCCAAUGAGGAAGGCGCCGAAGGUGAUGCCCAGCACGGCGGGCAGGACGAGGCCUUUGUCUGUGCACGCAAGGGCGGGAUGGCUGCAGUCAGUGCUGCGGCCCCCACCCUAGCCCCCUACCGUGUUGGGCUGGCCAGGAGCACAGGGUUGGGCGUCAGUCCCAGUUCGGCCCCCGACCCUGACUUCUCUGGACCUCAGUCUUCUCAUCUAGCAGAUGGGUUCAUCACACCCGUGCCUGGCACUGAGCCAUGGCUGUUCUGACCAUCCACCCAGAAGGCCCAGCCAGGCCUUUGGGCCGUGCCUCUGCCUUCCAAGGCUGAUGGAGGUGCAGUUUUAGGGAGAAUGGAUGGUAUAAUCCGAGCAGAGUGAGUGGGGCCUGGGAGUGCAGAGCCUGCCCCACCCCAUGUGACCUUGGGUCAAUCCCCGCCCCCCUCAGAGCCCUGUACUAUGGUAGGAACGGGCCAAGUGCUUCUGAGGGCUCUUCACUCUGCUCUUGGGUUUUCCCAAGCCUCAUUCCGUCUACACUCCUGACUCCUGGGUGAGUAUGGGCCUUCCCUUGGAACGGAGUUCCCACCGACGCAGUGGGGUGAUUAGCCCUGCUCUCUUGGUCAUGGGUCAGGGUCAGGGCCCCAUCCUAACCCAGGUAGGGUGGCAAGGAAGCAGGUGCCCCCCCCCCGACUUCUGCCCCCAGUGUCAGUGACUUUCCGGCCUGUUGGGGGCCCCGGGUUGAAGGGGCAUUCUCCACACUGGGGGCCUUAAGGGGGUGAGGCCAGCCCUGCUCUAACGUGCCUUCUGCCUCAUUUGAUUCCAGGAUCCCCACCCCCACCCCAAGCAAGGUCAGCUAGCAACCAUGGGGAUUAGGAAAACCUAAAUGCCUGGGAUCCGGUCCAUGGGGUAGUCAGGAGCAAAGGCUUUCUAGCUAGACGAUGCAACACGGAUCCUAUGCUAGGCUGCUGGGGGCCCUUGUGCCCCUCUUCCCAGGGAUGCUCUCUCUCGGGUCCUCCCUG